AUGGUGACUGGCGUUGAUUUUGAGCGCGCCAAGCGGACCGAGUCCAGCGACCCCGUUGUAGAAAACAUAUUCAUGACAGGAAAGGCUUGGGAGUUCCUCACCCACAAGGUCUUCGAGGGAGAGGCAGGCAGCUCGUUCCUGAUGGCUGCCGGAGCCGUUGCAAUCGCAGUGCUGGCUGGCAGAGAGAGGAGAGCAGGGGUGCUGGCUCGUAGUCUGCAAAUGGGACCUGGAUCGAGCUUGCGAGUGUUUGGGCACCCCAAAUACAGGGAGCACAUACCAAGAAACCCUCUCAUGAAGUCGUAA